AUGACGGCCGACGAGGCCACGGAUGGUAAGCAACAGAAGCCCAAGACGCUGCCUUGCAGGUAUUGCAGCAAACGAUUCAGGCGUGUCGAACAUGUCCAGCGUCACGAGCGUACACAUACGAAAGAGAAGCCGUUCAGCUGCGGCUGGGCUCGCUGUGGUAAAACAUUUGGGCGUAGGGAUCUUCUUGUACGCCACGAGAAGUUGGUUCAUCUGAACGAGGGCUCGAGCAAGGAUGGCAACAGACCAAGAAAGUCGUCCUCUGGUGAAUCUGGGGUGCAUAACCCACAGCAAUCACCUCCGCAGCCAAUCCCAGCCGAGGCGCGUGCUGCUCAAGAUCUCAUGUCUAUGCCACACCAGCACCAGCAGGCACAGCCGUACCAGCGGGAGCAGAUCACAUCGAUAGGAGGCAUGGGUGCGGACCAUCGCGUGCCAUCACGCCCCGCGGCCUGCAACCUGGAUCUCUUGUCGGACGCCGCGACGCAGUUGGCAUCGGCGAAUGAAAUGAACGCCAUCACGCCGAUGGUCACCGAUAUGAGCAAUCAGCGUAUCAAAAACUACGAUGAUGUAGUCGGGUACGGCGAUCGAGCGCGAGACCACGAGCCACCCACUGUGGGCUUCCAGGGCCAUCCUGGACCCACGCCGCCGGAAGACUUCAACCUUUUCUUGGACGAGUUUUCGACGUCUGCACACUUCUUGCCGCCUGGUUUUGAGGGUGAGCAGUCCGUUAGUUCCUGGCUCCAGAAAGGCGGACCAUCGAAACCCGCAUCUCAAAUGCCAACCCGAUUCUCCUCCCUCGCCCCAGAUCCACGCGACAUGCAAGAGGGCGUGCGGAUGAGUGAUGAUGCUGGAAAAGCAGCCUUCCAGCGGCUUUCGGCUACGGAUCACAACACGCUGAAGAAUCGUUUGGACGAGUUCACCACUGUUCUUCCGAGUGAUUUCAUCUUCCCAUCUCGGCACACCCUUACCAGGUUUGUGGAGGGAUAUGUGAGCGGGUUUCAUGACCACCUUCCUAUCCUUCAUCUGCCCACUCUCAGCGCAGUGGACAUGUCGCCGGAACUUCUUCUGGCUAUUCUUGCCGUUGGCGCACAGUACAGGUUCGAAAGCCAUCGUAGCAAUGCUCUGUGGUACGCGGCAAAAGCUGUCGCCCUCGAACAAAUCCGUCGGCGGCGCAGUCGUGAGGUUUCAGGUCUUCUGCCGACUCCCGCAGCGUAUAGUCCACAUUCAACAAGGCCAUCACCGAGUCACGGUUUUCGGCACUCUUUCAGCUCUGUACAGCAAGAGCGCCCAAUGACACAAGACACGCAUCGUGAACCUUAUUCACCAAAUACCCCUCAAGCGCGAAUGGAAACCACACAGGCUAUCCUCCUAUUGUUCGCUGUAGGCCUGUGGGGCGCAAAAGCUAUUCUUCACGAAGCUCUUUCGCUACAAAGUCUGUUGUCACUACUAGUCCGCGAAGAGGGUCUCGUCUCCGAGUCGACCCAGACAGCAGACUGGGAAUCGUGGGUCCGUAUCGAAGGUGCCAAUCGCAUGAAACUCACAGCAUACUGCUUCUCGAAUCUCUGCAGUAUUGCAUACAAUAUGCCACCUUCGCUAUUGACAUCGGAGCUCAAUCUGUUUCUGCCAAACUCUUCGAGAUUGUGGAGGGCGGAGAGUGCAUGGCAGUGGCAGGAAAUGCGUCACUCUGUCGCAUCAAUGGACACGUCACUCCAAGAUGCAUUCUCCAGGCUGUUCAGCAGGUCGCCGCAAGGACCGCCGCCAUACAUUUCCUCGCUGGGCAACUACGUCCUGAUCCAUGCGUUACUUCAGCACAUAUUCCUGCUCAAGCAGACAUCAUUCACAUCUGUGCCGUCCUUCGAGGCACCUCGGGGUCUACGGCCGGAUGACGUCGAUGACUGUUUCCAGGCCCUGCGUUUCUGGCAGAUGAGUUUUGAACAGCAGCAAGCACGGGCCAGCGAGAGCGGACAGAAUAUCAACAGCGAAUCUUUCCCCGGGGGCGCCGUUGUAUACAACUCAACGGCUCUGUGGCGACUGGCCUCAAUUCGCCUCUACACCGACCUCAGCCCGAGUCGAGUGCUUGAGACUCGCGACGCAAGCCUUAUUGCCCAAGGUUUCAGUAAUGCACCAUACCUCAUCCGAAGUGUACGAUUAAACCGGGCCGUCCUCCAGGCGAUACAUGCUUUGUCCAUGCUCGUCAAGCUUGGUGUCAACUAUGUGGCGCGGCGAAAGUCAACAGAGUGGAGCAUGCAGCAUUCCCUCUGUAACCUGGAAUGUGCAAUACUGCUGUCAAAGUGGCUGAUCACUCUGAGCGCCAUUGGGCCGAGCGACAGUCCUCUGUCACCGGAGGAGCGCAAUCUUCUUGCCAUGCUGAGACGGAUGCUCGACGAGACUGAGUUUGCUGUGCCGAUUGACCCUUCCCUGGCGCGAAACAACAGCAACGGCUCUACUGGUAGCAGCAUCAACGGUCAUGCCAACGAGGGGAUCAAGCUGCGUCAGCUUGCAGCCGCCGUCAUUCGUCUCUGGGCCGAGACUUUCAAGGGUUCGCACAUUUUUGAUGUGGUGCAAGUCAUCGGCAACGGCCUAGACGGGUACGCGGAGAUAUUAGAGAAGCCGCCGACGCCCCCGCUCAUAGGCGCCAAUGCAGCACUGGGCUGA